AUGUGUGGUAUCUACGCAGCCUAUAGGCAACAAGAUGUCGAAGCCUUCAAAGGUAAGGCCCUUCAAAACUCCAAGAGAAUCCGUCACCGUGGUCCAGAUUGGUCAGGUAACAUCAUCCAAAACUCUACUAUAUUGUGUCAUGAAAGAUUAGCUAUUGUCGGUUUGGACUCCGGUGCUCAACCAAUCACUUCCAGUGAUGGCAGAUUCUCAUUGGCAGUUAACGGUGAAAUCUACAACCACAUCCACUUGAGAAACGAAUUUAAGGACUACCACUUCAAGUCUUUAUCUGACUGUGAGCCUAUCAUCCCAUUGUUCCAAAAGUACGGUGUUGAUGCUCCAAAGUACUUGGACGGUAUGUUUGCCUGGGUACUUUAUGACAGAGAUGAAGACAGAAUCGUUGCUGCCAGAGAUCCUAUCGGGAUUACCACUUUGUACAUGGGUAAGUCCUCCAAGAACCCGCAAACCCGUUAUUUCGCUUCUGAAUUAAAGUGUCUUAUAGACGAAUGUGACGAAAUCUUCGCCUUCCCUCCAGGUCAUGUCUACGAUUCCAACACCGAUGAAAUAACAAGAUACUUCCAACCAACCUGGUGGGAUGGUUCUAAGGUCCCAACUAAGAACGUUGACUACAAGGAAGUUAGAGAAAGUCUUGAGUUGGCUGUGAGAAAAAGAUUAAUGGCUGAAGUUCCAUACGGUGUUUUACUUUCUGGAGGUUUAGAUUCUUCCUUAAUUGCUUCCAUCGCGGCAAGAGAGUCCCAAAAGGCCGCUGCUUCCAUCUCCAAGGACGGUGUUGACGCCAACAAGGAAUUAUCCGGUGUUGAUGACAAGGGUUCUUUACACUCUUCAGGGUUCAACGCAUUGCAUUCUUUUGCCAUUGGUUUACCAGGUGCUCCAGAUUUGAUUGCUGCUGAAAAGGUUGCCCACUUCAUUGGUACCAUCCACCAUUCCCACACUUUCACUUUGGAAGAAGGUUUGGAUGCUUUGGAUGACGUUAUUUUCAACUUGGAAACAUACGAUGUUACCACUAUUAGAGCUUCUACUCCUAUGUACUUGUUAUCUAGAAAGAUCAAGGCUCAAGGUGUUAAGAUGGUCUUAUCCGGUGAAGGUUCAGAUGAAAUCUUUGGUGGUUACUUAUACUUCGCCAACGCUCCAUCUGCUUCAGAAUUUCACCAAGAAUGUGUGCAGAGAGUUAAGAACUUGCAUUACGCUGAUUGUUUAAGAGCCAACAAGUCUACCAUGGCUUGGGGUUUGGAAGCUAGAGUCCCAUUCUUGGACAAGAACUUUUUGGAAGUUUGCAUGAACAUCAACCCAGAAGAUAAAUUAAUUAAACCAUCCGAAGGUAAAAUUGAAAAAUACAUUUUAAGAAAGGCCUUUGACACCUCUGAUGAUCCAGAUGCCAAACCAUACUUACCAAAGGAAAUCUUAUACAGACAGAAGGAACAAUUCUCUGAUGGUGUUGGUUAUUCAUGGAUCGAUGGAUUGAAGGACGCUGCCGAAGCUGCUGUCACCGACGAAGAACUUGCCAACCCUAAACCACACUGGGGUGACGAUAUUCCUACCACCAAGGAAGCUUACUGGUACAGAUGUAAGUUUGACCAACAAUUUCCAAACUCUGAGGCCGCUGCUUCUACUGUUAUGAGAUGGAUUCCAAAGGCUGAAUGGGGUUGUCAUGCUGACCCUUCAGGAAGAUAUGCUACCAUUCACGAACAAAAGGUUGACCAUGAAUAA